UCCUCUUCCUUGUUUAACUUUUCAGUCUGUUCUCACAGAAAGAGGAAAUAAGCUGCUUGAAACUGGAGCUCAGCAUUUACAUCGGCGAAAUGACGCCCUUAAUGUUUCUGAUUCUAGUGGGAAUUCAAGGUUCUACCGCAGUGACUCAUUCUCUGAAGUAUUUCUACACUGGAUCUUCUCAAGUCCCAAACUUCCCAGAGUUUGUGGCUGUUGGGUUGGUUGAUGAUGUUCAGAUGUUCUACUAUGACAGCAACAUACAGAAAGCCGAACCAAAACAGGACUGGAUGAGGCACAACGUGGAUCAGCAGUACUGGGAGAGGGAGACUGGAGGCCUUCAGGGUUGGCAGCAGACCUUCAGAGCCAACAUUGAAAUCUUAAAGCAGCGCUUCAACCAAACUGGAGGAGUUCACGUUGUUCAGCACAUGUAUGGCUGUGAGUGGAAUGAUGAGACUCAACAGGUCAACGGUUAUGAUCAGUUCGGUUAUGAUGGAGAAGAUUUCAUCACACUGGACCCACAGACACAAUUCUGGAUCGCUCCAACCCGACAAGCUGUCAUCACCAAACACAAAUGGAAUAAUAAUAAAGCUUUUGUAGAGAAUGAGAAGAACUACUUUACUCUGAUUUGUCCUGAGUGGCUGAAGAAAUAUGUGAACUAUGGGAGAAACUCUCUGAUGAGAACAGAUCGUCCAUCAGUGUUUCUCCUCCAGAAGAAUCCAUCCUCUCCAAUCAGUUGCUUUGCUACAGGUUUCUAUCCUAAAGGAGCUGAAAUGUUCUGGAGAAAAGAUGGAGAGGAGAUUCAUGAUGGUGUGGACAAAGGAGAGAUCAAACCCAACAAUGAUGGGACCUUCCAGAUGAAUGUUGACAUCGAUCUGUCAUCUGUCCCACCUGAAGACUGGAACAAGUAUGAAUGUGUGUUUCUGCUCUAUGUAGUCAGAGAAGAUCUUGUCACCAAACUGGAGAAAACAAAAAUCCUGACCAAUGAAGCAGUUCUUCCCUCAGUUUCUCUCCUCCAGAAGAAUCAAUCCUCUCCAGUCAGCUGCUUCGCUACAGGUUUCUAUCCUAACAGAACAAAAAUGUUCUGGAGGAAAAAUGGAGAGGAGAUUCAUGAUGGAGUGAUUAAAGGAGAGAUUCUCUCUAACAAUAAUGGGACCUUUCAGAUGAAUAUUAACAUCGAUCUGUCAUCUGUUCCACCUGAAGACUGGAACAAGUAUGAAUGGUUUCAGCUCUCUGGAGUCAGAGAAGAUCUUGUCACCAAACUGGAAAAAAUCAAAAUCAAGACCAAUGAAGUAAAUUCAACCUCCAUGGUCAACAUUACUAUUGUGUUAGUGAUAAACAUUGGAUUCAUUGUUGUGACGGGACUCAUUGUGACUGGAGUCAUUCUUUACAAAAAGAAAACUGAGCGUAAACCUGCUGCCAUUCCUGAUGAAAUGAAGCCUUCAACCUCCAUCCCACAGACUUCAUCUUCAUCUUAGUGGAAGUUCAAACGACAACAAAGACAGCUCCUCAUCAGACAAACUGUUGCUACAACAGUGAGAUCCCAUUGUUAAAACUUGUUUCUUUUUCAGUGCUUUGAAUGUAGACAAUGAAUAAACACAAGUUUAUAGAAACAUUAUAUAAAUUUCUGCUUACUGAUUGUUUCAACAGCAAAGAAAAAAAAGAAAAAAGAAAAGCCCUAACAAAUGAGGACCUUGGACAGGAAAAUCUGAGUUUUCCUAGAUUUCUGCAUCCAUAUAAAAA